AUGCGCUUCUCAGUCAUCGCGACCUCCGCCAUCGCCGCAUUCGCCACUCAUGCGUCUGCCGCCGUCUGCAGACGCUGGAAGGACGGAGUCGCCAAGGCAUACACCGUCGAAGCUAGUGGUGUUGACGAUAUUCCUGGCAUUUGCGGCGGGCUCUGGGAUAACUUGAAGCAAUUUGGCGUUUGCGCAGUCCCCAGCUUGACAGAUUGCAGUGGCUCCGAUGGCAAUCUUUCAUGGACUUUCCAAGCUAGUGCCGGUUGCAAUGGCGGAAUGGUUGAGGCUACUUGGUACGAUGCUACAGAGAACCGGUUCGGCAGCAUCGAUUGUCCGUAA